CCUCACGUCCUCACGUCCUCACAUCCUUGCCUCCUCACGUCCUCACAUCCUUGCCUCCUCACGUCCUCACAUCCUUGCCUCCUCAGGUCCUCACAUCCUUGCCUCCUCACAUCGUCACAUCCUUGCCUCCUCACGUCCUCACAUCCUUGCCUCCUCACGUCCUCACAUCCUUGCCUCCUCCCAUUCUGGACUCCAGCAGUGAGCUCCUCUGAUGACGUCACAGGCGGCCACCGACAUGGCGUCCGGCCGGCUGCAGGAGGUGAGCCGCUGCGUGGACUCCAAGCUCCCGCAAGGCAAGAAAUACUCGCUGCUCGUCAUCAUUGGUCGCGCAGCUGCACACGGACAGGCGGGACACGUCUGCCAACGCAUCCAGACAGGAGUUCGCUCGUGGGACGUGGACUUGAAAGACUGCGACCUCCAUGUCUGCCUGCAAGAGUUCCUCUCCCAUCACACGGCCUCCUUCAAGGGUGCAGGACACAGAUGUCUGCGCCACAGCGGCCGAGUGUUGGACAUCAAUAUUGUGAUCGCUCCGUCUGAGGAACAGGCCCACUCAGAGGUGUGCGCUCUGUUGUCGCGUGAAUCCUCUCACAAGCUGCUCAUCUUGGCCGGUCAGAGCGUGGAGGUUAGCGGUGAGCUGGUCUUGAACCGAGGACUCUUCUCCCCCAAACAUCUGACACAAAUCCUGGCCCAGCAGGAUGAAGACCACCUGGUCAGCCUGACUCUGUGCUGCCCCAACAACAACACAUCCCACUGGAAGAAGACUGUGCGGCCCGGUCAGGGUCCGGUCCUUCUUCACGUCAACCCCCCGGAGGUUCUGCCCGCCAUGUCGGUCUUGGCGGACUUCACCUCCCUCAUCUCCGGAACUCUCUGCCCGUCGUCCCCCUUCGACCUCCUGCCUCCCCCAAACACCGUGGGCUUCCUCAAGCUGUCCCGACCCUGCUGCUACGUCUUCCCCGCCGGCCGCGGCGACUGCGCCUUCUUCGCCGUCAACGGCUUCACGAUGCUGCUGGACGGCGGCUCCGACCCGCAGGCGUGCUUCUGGAAGCUGGUCCGCCACCUGGACCGCGUCGAUGCCGUCUUGAUGACGCACGUCGGCACGGAGAACCUCACCGGGCUCAACAGCUUCCUGGAGAGGAAGGUAGCAGAGGCGGAGUUGGCCUCCGAUGUCAAAGAGGACUCAUCCAAGAGGCUCAUCUCCCCAGAGCUUGGAGUUGUGUUCUUUAACGCCCCCAGCAGGUUGCAGGUGGAACAGCAGCCUUGUGUGGACAAUCUACUGAAGAGCACAGACCAGGCAGCGCUCACAGUACACCUGUUGAAAAAGUUAGAUAUCCGACCUCAGCCCAUGUUUCGACCUCAAGCGGUCCCACCCGAGCCAAUAACCCUGUUCCAAAAGAUGGGAGUGGGACAGCUGGACUUAUACAUCCUCAGCCCCUGUAAAAACAGCCAGGAGUACCAGGCGUUCAUGCGACAGUGGCCCGACUUUGCGUCACCUGAAACCCAAUCCCAAGCACUCCCCCUCAACGCUCUAGUCUCAGUGUCUGCUUUGCUGGUGUGGCACCCAGCGUGCCCCCAGGAAAAGGUGGUCCGAGUGCUGUUCCCCGGUGUCACUCCGCAGACUAAACUGCUGCAGGGUCUUGAAAAGCUGAAAACUCUGGCCUUCCUCCAGAAACCCACAGUGACCACCGGCGACCUGGAGAGGUUGGCGGAUGCAAGGAAGUCCAAAAGGGCCGAGAGCCAGGAGAGCAUCCGCUCGCAAGGGAUUGAGGUUACCCCCAAACGUGGAAAAGACGCAAAGGCGAAAUUUGUCAAUGGAGAUGUUGAUAAAGCCAAAAAGCAAAAAGCAUCGGAGAAGAAUGUUUCAAAGAAGGCUAGUGGGAAAGAUGCGAAGAAGGAAGGAAGAACAAGCAGUCGGGAAGAGAAUAUGGUGGUGAGAAAUGGCGCAGGGAAGGAGACAAUCAUCUCCAAACCAAAGAAUGAAAACAGGCUCAAAAAGGAAGCAAGGAAUGACUCUAAAGCAGGGUCCAAGAAGACUAAGAGGCUACCCAGCAAGAAUGUAGAUGUCAAGACCCAAUCAAAACCAGACAAUGAUGUAGCGCUAGAGUUCUCAAAGCCAGAGGACACCUGUGCUCACCAAGAACCUGACAAGACUCGCCGUGUGUCAAAAACUUCAACCCCCGAGGACAUGACUGCUGAUUUUCUGCGCCUUCAGGAGGAAACGGAAAAAGAGGGGGCAGACUCGGCAGAUAAAGGCAAUCAGACUAACGGCAGCCCAAGGAAUGAGAAACGACUUGAAUGUUUGGCUGACCAGAGGGCUGAAAGACCGGUGCAAGACUUGGACCAGUUAGGACUUGGGAAGAGACCCACAAAGAUUGUAGGAUUCCCAUGCCCAUUGAGGGAGACGCCGAAGGACGAGGGAGACAUUAACUUAGACCUGACCCCCACUGAGUACACCCUCCUGGACGGAGCUUUGAAGAACACCCCUCCAUCACGCUCGUCACCGGAGACCCAGGUGCCCAUCAGCCCAGAUGAGAAGACUGUUGCGAAUGCUUCCCCUGGUUCAAGACCCAACAGUGCGGGUCACACUCCUUACUGUCUGUCCCCUGAUGAUGUGUGGUGCAACAGAGACACUCUUAGCAGACUACAAGCCCAGCUUGAACCCACUGAAGUCACCCAGCCUAAGAACCAGCCGAGCAAUGUUGCAGAACCAACCCCCAGAGAGAAACACUUGAGUUUUCUCUCUCUGGGUCCGCUAAAAGACGUACCCUCCGACCCGUCCCCGUCUGUGGCCAACACCACCACCUCCACCCACUCUAUGCCCGCAGAAGUCAGCUCGCCUCAGUCCACAGAAGUCGACGAGUCGCUGUCCAUGUCCUUGGAACAAGGGCCCUCCACGGGUAGUCAGAGAGAGGCGGACGACGGCGUUCAUCACGCUCACCCUAAUGAAGGACACUUAUUUGGGGUGUCUGUACCCCUGAAGAAGCCCUUGAGGUCUUUGGGUCCAGAAAUGGGGCGUCCUCGGGCUCCUAGCACCCUUCACUUUGAGGUGUCUGCGGUUCACGAUGUGGACCUUUGUCUGGUAUCCCCUUGCGAGUUCAAGCAUUCUAAAGCGCCCGACUCCAGCUCGGGUGUCAGCGAAGCCUCCAGAGGCGCAUUUGGACCCCAAAAUCAUAGCGGCACCACAGGCAAAGACAUGUCACCCAGCGAAACAAACGCCCCCGUCUGCAUGGAAGACUGCCCGUCCACCACAGCCGACGGGGUCCUGGACUCCGAGGAAGACGAGUCGUGCGGCGGACCACCACAGCUCCGCAGCGGCCAGGCUCUGCCGCAUGACCCACUUCCUGCCCGGCUCAGGGAUAGUCCGCCCAUGCCUCCUCACCCUGACACCACCAUGCCGGUCCCACUGUCCGACUCUGGCGCUCACGCAAAGAAAGUCAAGUCAAGCGCGGCGCCAGGAAAGACAGCAGCUGGGGUGAUGGAGAGCUCCCAGAGAGCCAGCUCAGGGAAAAGCAAGACAGGAAGUGGCGUCCUGAGGGUCCAAAAGGACAACGCCGCAUCAUCACGUACGUCGUCCUCCGCCAGCCGCCAACCGCCAGCCAAAUCCUCAGCCAGGCCAGAUCCCAAGUCGACCUCCGCUGAGGACGUGAGUGUCUUUGUGGACCUCGCCUACCUUCCAUCGGGAGCUUCGUGCCCCACAGUCAGCGUGGAUUUCUUCAAGAGUGUACACUCGUCCUGUUACAUCAUCAGCGGCGACUGUCCUGAGAGGGAGGAGCUUAUGAGGCCGACGCUGGACGCGCUGCUGGAUGCCAAGUCUUGCUGGCAUCAUGCCAUGCAGGUGACGCUCAUCCCCACCUUGGAGUCGGCCUCCAUGCAGGACUGGUACCAGCAGACCUUGGACAAGCAGAAAGAGCUGGGGAUUGUGGUCCUGGGCUCCAACAGCACCGUGGCCAUGCAGGACGAGACCUUCCCGGCCUGCAAGAUUGAGUUCUGA